CCGCUCACUCAUAGGUAACCUUGGCAUUCAGUAUGGGAAUGAGCUGAGCAUUCGUGUCGCCAUUUGUCGUUGUGUGGUCGCUGGUUCAGGAUGUCUGCAAAAGUGUUCUUGGCUCUCGUAUGCAUUCACUUCGUCUACGGAAGUGAGCUGGAAAACGGCGAGGCCCCGGGACGUCGGGUGACGAAGUCCCUGAUGUUAAGUAAUGGACUGGACUGGGGCAAGUGGGGGAGCGUGGAGUAUUGCAAAGAGGGAUCUUUCGUGCAGGAUAUUGAAAUCAAGUUCGAAGACUACAGCUUCCUCGACACGGACGAAACGGCACUGAAUGCUGUGAAACUUUACUGCAGCAACUUAGACGGCCAUCACACAGGGUACGUGACGUCGACCAUAGGGACGAAUGGUGACUGGAAAGGUAUGAGGACCUGUGAAAGUGGUCUCAUGACAGGCUUAAGAGCAAAAGUUCUACCAGCCCAAGGCAUCUUGGGAGACGACGUGGCUGUACAAAACAUAGAGAUGGAAUGCAACUACGGAGAAAGCACGGUGUUGGCGAUGGAUGAAAGCGCCAAUAUCCAUGACGGGACAUGGAGCUUAUGGGCCAAAUGUAAUAUAAAUCAGCGAUUUGCGGAAUCGAAAUACGUUACAACAAAGUCAACCUUGUGGAAGAUGAUGCGGCUGUGUCAGACAUAUCCAUGUUCUGCUGUGCACUUGACGAAUAAAAAAAAUGAAAAAACCAAGAUGGGCAGUGCCUUUCAGUGACAAAGAUAUCACUCGAAUUAAAAAUGUAUUAUUGUGAUUUUCAGUAGAGAUUUAAUCUGUAUCCACUAUUUGAUGAAUUAUAGAAGUUACAAAAUUGGG